AUGAUCAAGAAUGCCGAAGUUGAAGCUUUGAAGGAAGUGAAUGUCAAGAAAGAGAAGUUGGGAAAGAAGAUCGAUUUUGGGGAAAAUCAACAAGGAUUGAUGACCGUUAAGGGAAGAAUUUGGGUCCCUAAACAUGGAAAGAAUCGGAAGCUAGUUUUAGAUGAGGCUCAUAAGUCAAAUUACUCCAUCCAUCUCGGGAGUACCAAGACCUAUAGAGAUUUGAGAAGACACUUCUGGUGGCCCGGAAUGAAACCAAAAGUGGUGAAGUACAUCUCCAACUGUUUGACUUGUGCUCAAGUCAAGCAUUAUGGAAGGAAAUGUAGAACACCCUUGUGUUGGCUUGAAGCUGGAGAGAAGAAACUCCCAUGUCCCGAACUUGUGAGGCUAACAAAUGAAAAGAUAGAAGUUAUUCAAGCUAACAUGAAGGCGGCUCAAGAUAGGCAAAGAAGUUAUGCAAGUUUGAAGCAAAAACCUUAUGACAUAAAAGAAGGUGAAUUGGUAAUGUUGAAAGUCUCCCCAUGGAAAGGAGUCAUGAGAUUCGGUAAGAAGGGUAAAUUGAAUCCAAGAUACAUUGGACCCUUCAAGGUGUUGAAAGUGGUUGCAACCCAAGUCUUUAAGUUUGGAGUUGCCCAAAGAACUCGAAGGAAUACAUGA